AAAAUAACGAGAGGCCAAAGAGUUUCCCCAGCGAGCUACAGUGAUUCAAGCAGCAGCUUCGCUAUCAACUGACUGACUCUUAAUCAAGCAUUAAUCCUUCUCUUCCAUGGCCAAGGGGCGACCUCUUUCCUUGCAGACAGUAGAGCUCAAGGUGAGGAUGUGUUGCACCGGAUGCGAAAGAGUGGUGAGGAGAUCACUUCGGAAACUGAGAGGAGUGGACAGCGUGGAGGUGGACGUGGCGCUGGAGAAGGUGACGGUGACCGGGUACGUGGACAAGAACAAGGUGCUGAAGGAGGUGAGGCGCAGCGGGAAGAAGGCGGAGUUCUGGCCCAAUCCCGGCCAGCCCCUCUUCUUCACCAGCGCCGCCGACUACUACUACGACGACAAGGCCUACAGGGGCACCUACAACUACUGGCGCCACGGCUACAACGACGGCGAGCGACACGGCCGGGUCCGCUCCGCCUAUCGCCCGGACGACAAGGUCAGCAGCUUCUUCUCCGAUGACAACGUCCACUCCUGCGCCAUCAUGUGAUUUCCCCGCGCCACCAACUGCGGGCUUCUUGUCUGCAACUGUUAAUAUGGAUGAACCCGUGUCAGGGGCUGUGCUUGUAAAUUAUGUACCACAAAUCGAUUAUAUGCAGUAAUAAUGGAACACCUUUCUCUAGUA